GCUGAGCCCCGCGCCACCCACCCGCGACCCCCGCCCGGCCCGCACGCCCGGCCCUCUCGCCGCCGGCGCUGCCCGCCCCCGCCCUCCUCUCUCCCUCUUUUCCUCCCUCCCUCCCCGCGCCGCUCGCAGCCGCAGCCCCCGGACCCGGAGGAUUAUGAGCGAACCAUGAGGCGGCUGCGGCGCUGGGCGAUCGCGGCUCUCCUGCUGCUGCCGCUGCUCCCCCCGCCCGGUCUUGGGGCCCUGGGUCCCAGUGGAGCUCUGCAUUGGAGGAGCUCAGCCCAGGUGGGGAGCCCAGAGAGGCCAGAGGGCCCCGAGGUCACAGAGCCCAGUCGGCUGGUAAGGGAGAGCACCGGGGGAGAGGUCCGAAAGCAGCAAGUGGACACCAGGGUCCGCCAGGAUCCUCCCAGGGGGACGCCCGUGCACCUGGCCCAGGUGAGUUUCGUCAUCCCAGCCUUCGACUCCGACUUCACCCUGGACCUGGAGCUAAACCACCACCUUCUAUCCUCCCAGUAUGUGGAACGCCACUUCAGCCGGGAGGGGACAACUCAACACAGCACUGGGGCUGGAGACCACUGCUACUACCACGGGAAACUCCGAGGCAACCCAAGUUCCUUCGCUGCUCUCUCCACCUGCCAGGGGCUGCAUGGGGUCUUCUCUGAUGGAAACCUGACUUACAUCAUAGAGCCCAAGGAGAUGGCUGGGCCAUGGGGACCCCCACAGGGACCCCUUCCCCACCUCAUUUACCGGACCCCUCUCCUCCCAGCCCCCCUCGGAUGCAGGGAACCAGGCUGCCUAUUUGCUGUCCCUGGCCAGUCUGAUCCUCCCACCUGGCCCAGGCUGAGAAGGAAAAGGCAGGUCCGCAGGGGCCACCCCACGGUGCACAGCGAGACCAAGUAUGUAGAGCUGAUUGUCAUCAACGACCACCAGCUGUUCGAGCAGAUGCGGCAGUCGGUGGUCCUCACCAGCAACUUCGCCAAGUCUGUUGUGAACCUGGCAGAUGUGAUAUACAAGGAGCAGCUCAACACAAGAAUUGUGCUGGUUGCCAUGGAAACAUGGGCAGAUGGCGACAAGAUCCAGGUGCAGGAUGACCUACUGGAGACCCUGGCCCGGCUUAUGGUCUACCGGCGGGAGGGUCUACCUGAGCCCAGUGAUGCCACCCACCUCUUCUCGGGUAGAACCUUCCAGAGCACCAGCAGUGGGGCAGCCUACGUGGGGGGCAUCUGCUCGCUGUCCCGGGGUGGAGGCGUGAACGAGUACGGCAACAUGGGCGCUAUGGCAGUGACCCUGGCCCAAACGCUAGGGCAGAACUUGGGCAUGAUGUGGAAUAAACACCGGAGCUCGGCAGGGGACUGCAAAUGUCCAGACAUCUGGCUGGGCUGCAUCAUGGAAGACACUGGGUUCUACUUGCCCCGCAAGUUCUCGCGCUGCAGCAUCGACGAAUACAAUCAGUUUCUGCAGGAGGGAGGCGGGAGCUGCCUGUUCAACAAGCCCCUCAAGCUCCUGGACCCUCCCGAGUGUGGGAACGGCUUCGUGGAGGCGGGGGAGGAAUGCGACUGUGGUUCGGUGCAGGAGUGCAGCCGGGCGGGUGGCAACUGCUGCAAGAAGUGCACCCUGACUCACGACGCCAUGUGCAGCGAUGGGCUCUGCUGUCGCCGCUGCAAGUACGAGCCACGAGGUGUCUCCUGCCGAGAAGCGGUGAAUGAGUGUGACAUCGCAGAGACCUGCACCGGCGACUCAAGCCAGUGUCCCCCUAACCUUCACAAGCUGGAUGGCUACUACUGUGAUCAUGAACAGGGCCGUUGCUAUGGAGGCCGCUGUAAAACCCGGGACCGGCAGUGCCAAGCCCUUUGGGGCCAUGCGGCUGCAGAUCGUUUCUGCUAUGAGAAGCUGAACGUGGAGGGGACAGAGCGUGGGAACUGUGGGCGCAAGGGAUCCGGCUGGGUCCAGUGCAAUAAGCAGGAUGUGCUCUGUGGCUUCCUUCUCUGCGUCAACAUCUCUGGAGCUCCUCGGCUAGGGGACCUGGGGGGAGACAUCAGCAGCGUCACCUUCUACCACCAGGGCAAGGAGCUGGACUGCAGGGGCGGUCACGUACAGCUAGCCGAUGGCUCAGACCUGAGCUACGUAGAGGACGGCACAGCCUGCGGGCCCAACAUGCUGUGCCUUGACCAUCGCUGCCUGCCAGCCUCUGCCUUCAACUUCAGCACCUGCCCGGGCAGCGGGGACCGGCGCAUCUGCUCCCACCACGGGGUUUGCAGCAACGAAGGGAAGUGCAUUUGUCAGGCAGACUGGACGGGCAAAGACUGCAGCAUCCACAACCCCCUGCCCACAUCCCCUCCAACCGGGGAGACCGAGAGAUAUAAAGGUCCCAGUGGCACCAACAUCAUCAUCGGCUCCAUCGCCGGGGCUGUCCUGGUCGCAGCCAUCGUCCUGGGCGGCACGGGCUGGGGAUUUAAAAACAUCCGUCGAGGAAGGUCCGGAGGGGCCUAAGUGCCACCCUGCUCCCUCCGAGCCUGGCACCCACCGUCUCGGCCCUGAACCACGAGGCUGCCUCCACCCUGCCACAGAGGGAGGCACCAUGCAAAAAUGUCUUCCAGGUCCAAACCCUUCAACUCCUGGCUGCACAGGGGUUGGGGGUUGGGACAGUGGCCCCCAUCUUUCAGACCACCCGGGGGGAGGGGCCUGGAGGAGGGCACUUCCUGCCCAGUUCCCCACCCCACCUCAUGCGGCUUUGGCCUUGCCCAGGUCUCCCCCUGUGAAUGUAGCGUCCAUCGUCACAGACCGCCACAGCUCAGGGUGGGGCCUGGAGCCGUGCCUGGUGGGGCCAGGUAGCCACCAGUGGACACAGCUGGGUGGCCCCUCUUCAAAAGCGGGCAGCUGGAACCAGGGUGGUAGCUCUCUGGGACCUCAAGGGAAGGAGCUGAUCUACACGUUUUUUCUCUUUCUUUUCUCUUUUUUUCCCCAAUGGAUUUUAUCUGAUGAAUGUAACCUUGGGGUUGCUGGGGCCAGGGGCAGUUGUAGGGAUGUUCUGACACUUACAGGAGGGUCUGGAAGGCCUGAGGCCUUGCGACCUCCCAGCCCUCUCUGGGAGGCCCACACUGGAACCCAGCAGGGGCUGAGCAGCCCUGUGUGCCCCGCCUCCACCCAGCUUAGAAGAAGUCAGAGUGCUGAUUCAAACCAAAGCUGCCUGUUCUGUGCCCACUGCCUAGUUCAUGGGUGCCGGGGCCCUCUGUCCCGGACUGUCUUUGAUUCCAAACCAACCGUCCUGUCCCUGCCAGGGUGCAUGCAUUUGGGGGUAUAGAAAAUAUAGUCCCUAAAAUAAAAUGGCACCUUUCCCCUUUCAAGAAGGGUGAUUCUGGGGCUGUCUCAGGGUUCAAGUGCCCCCUGAUGUGGCCUGGCUGUUCCAGAGCAGGCUAGCUCCCACGGAGGACUUGGGGAGACCUGGUGCCCCCAGGGUCGGUGCCUGUGAUAGAGAAGAGACACCAGGAAAGGGCAAGCCUCAAGGUUGGCUACAGGCUGUUAGGGAAGUCUUCACAGUCCCCUGCUCAAAGCCUUUACUCACAGGCUGAGUAGUAAGUUUACAGAAGUUCCCCUGUCUGUCCUCUGGUCCUAGCUGCAGCCCAGCCUGAGAGCUAGGCCAAGGCUGGCAGAAGUGCUCAGCCCUCCCACGCAGUCUGUUGUGGCCUGCCUUCAGGACCCCAUGUGGGACGGAUGAGCUCUGGCCUCUUGCCCUUAAAGCCAGCUGGACAGGCAGGACGGAGCAGGCUCCCUUAUGGAUGAAAGCCACAAAUGAAAGGAGCCCCCUUCUUGGGGACACCCCACUCAGGCUAAGUAGUGGCUCUGGAUACCCCAGGGCCAGAGAGUUGCCCGUUUGUGUUCACCCUGUUUCUGAGGCCUCUUUGAGGAAGGCUCAUGGAAAACAAAGCAAACAAAAAAGGCUUCAUUUCUCUAGACCGCCCCAGCGGCACCCUGGAGCCUAGGACCCGUUGGUAGCCUUUGGGAUGGCCAGAUGGUGUCGGUUACAGUGGGGUCCUCAGCACUGAGCCCCAGCUGGCACUGUCCUGGGACAACAAGACAGACUGAGGCCACCAGCCCCACUAGGGAAAAGGCUGGAUUUUGCAUUGUUGCUAGAAUGCCUUGCGACCUCCGUUAGGUGACACACCUGCACACAGAUGGCAGUGCACCUGGGCACAGGCAUGUGGAUCUACACCCCUGUACCACUGUGAAGGCCUCUGCAUACAAGGGCAUGACCACAUGUGUCCGUGUGUCCUUGGUGGGGACAUGAAGAACACAAGAUUCCCGUGAUCUGUCCCACCCCAGCAGUGCCUGGCCUGGCAGCACCCAGGAGGAAAUGGGGGGAGGGGGGCUGCAUUCACCUGGCCUGGACCUGGGUUCCUACACAUCCUGUAAAUAUGUCAUCUGGGCUGGGGUGGGGAGACAGGGCCAGGGGCCCACAUUAAAGAUCACAUUCUGGGCUUCCAUGGAGCUCA